CUCUAGUUCAUCUUUAAAUUGAUUGAUUCUCUUUGGUAUCGUUCAUUUUAUCGCUUUAAAUCAUCAUCAUGCGUUUCCAACUUGUUACUCUUUUUGCGACUUUGAUUAUGACAACUAUGGCUGUACCUGAACUUGAACAUGAUCCAUCAGAAUUCGAUAUACAUGAUUGCCAAUAUUUCCAACCUACUAGUUGUAUUCGGGAAUGCCCUAAAGGGUAUCUUGGAGUAUAUCGUACCGGCUGCUUUGCUGCUGAAGAUCGUCACGAAUGUUGUGGUGUUCGAUGUUGUCGAUCUCGACACGAAGAUGAUAAUGAAGAUGAAGGAAGUCUAGCGACUUCAGCUGUAUCCAACAAUCGAUAUGCCAUUGCUGCUCGUACUCCCAAAAAAGGGGUUGUGGCAUAA